ACAAAGUGGAAUGCGUUCUGGUGUUUGCCUUAUUUCAAACAGAACGACAACCCGGCCUGACUUUCUACUCACACCUAGCCCGAGGAGACUGAAUCCAGGAAGGACAACAAACGAGAAAUGGCGAUGGCCACGGCUCCUGGCCAGUUUACGGCACCGGGACCGGAGAAUCCUCGCAUUGAACCCAAGUCGAGCAAGGUGCCAGCUCCGGAAGCCGUCAUCAGCGCCACCCCUGAGUCGAUGGAUUCACGGCACUCCACCGUCCAAGAGCUCGCUAAGAGGUUGUCCCGCAGCAGUUUCGAUGUCACCAAUUCCGACGCAAGACCCAUUUUCGGCAGCGAGAAUCCGGAUUCGCCCCUGAACCCAUCGAGCACCAAGUUCAACGCGAGGGUAUGGGCCAAGAACUUUGCGAGUGUCGCGCGGGAUGCCGGCCAGGACUUCCGCCGCACCGGCUUGUGCUUUCAAGAUCUGAGCGUGUUCGGCUAUGGCACACCUGCGGACUUCCAGAAGGACGUCGCGAAUAUCUGGCUGGCCCUGCCAGGAAUGUUUGUGCGGCGCCUGCUCUCAAGCUUGCCGGGCUCCAGUGGAAAUGUCCCCGGCCGGAGGCGGCUCGAUAUCCUGCACGGUGCCGACGGGCUUAUUCGCCCUGGGGAGAUGUGUGUAGUCCUCGGCCCACCGGGUUCUGGCUGCUCGACAUUUCUGAAGACCAUCUCUGGGGACCGCAAUGGCCUUUACAUUGGCGGGAACAGCUACUUCAACUACCAUGGUAUUUCUGACAAGGAGAUGCGCUCUGCGCAUCGCGGUGAUGCCAUCUACACGGCUGAAGUCGACGUUCAUUUUCCCAACUUGACCGUGGGAGAGACGUUGACCUUCGCGGCGCGUGCUCGCUGCCAGAGAGAGCUGCCACAGGGAAUUUCACGCAAUCAGUACUGUGAGCAUCUCCGCGAUGUUGUGAUGGCGAUGUAUGGAAUCAGUCAUACGAUCCAUACCAAGGUGGGAGAUGAUUUUAUACGUGGCGUCUCAGGAGGAGAACGCAAGCGUGUCACGAUCGCUGAAGCCACGCUGUCAAACGCACCUUUUCAAUGCUGGGACAACUCAACCCGUGGUCUGGACGCAGCCAACGCAGUAGAAUUCUGCAGAACCCUGCGCAUCCAGUCCGAGCUCUUCGGCCAGACCUGUGCCGUCUCAAUGUACCAGGCUCCCCAGACCGCUUACGACCUGUUCGACAAGGCCAUGGUCCUCUACAAGGGCCGCCAGAUCUACUUCGGCCCGGCGUCCCAGGCCAAGUCCUAUUUCGAGAGCCUAGGCUUCGAGUGCCCCCCUCGGCAGACCACGCCCGACUUCCUCACCUCCAUGACCUUCCCCGCCGAGAGGAUUGUCCGCCCCGGGUUCAACCCACCCCGCACUGCAGACGAGUUCGCGGCCGCGUGGCGGUCGAGUCGGGAGUACAACGCCCUCCAGGUGGACAUUGACGAGUACAAGGCGCAGCACCCCAUCGACGGGCCGGACGCCCAGGAGUUCCGCCAGCUUAAGAGGGCGCACCAGGCUCGGGGCCAGCGGCUCAAGUCGCCGUUCACCUUGACGUACAUGCAGCAGGUGCAGGUGUGCAUGUGGCGCGGCUGGCGGCGGUUCUGGGCUGACCCGGGCCCAACUGUGUGGGUUAUGGUGGGCAACGUCAUGUUGGCUCUCAUCAUGUCGUCGCUUUUCUACAACUUGCAGCAGACCACGGCUUCGUUCUAUGGUCGUGCAGUGGUUCUGUUCAUGGCUAUCCUGUUUAAUGCAUUUGCCUCUAUCCUGGAGGUCAUGACGCUGUAUGCUCAGCGACCGAUUGUCGAAAAGCAAUCCCGCUACGCCUUCUACCAUCCUUCUGCCGAAUCGUAUGCCUCCGUACUGGUCGACUUGCCCGUCAAAGUUACCAGUUGUAUAUCCUUCAAUUUAGUCUUCUACUUCAUGACAAACCUCAAUCGAAACCCAGGCAACUUUUUUUUCUACCUGCUGACGGUCUUUCUAAUCGUUUUGGCCAUGUCUGGUAUCUUUCGAUUCAUUGGCGCUCUGUCUCGAACCGAGCAGCAAGCAAUGGUUCCAGCCUCUAUCCUCAUGCUCGCUCUCCUGGUCUUCACCGGCUUUGUGGUCCCCGUGGACUACAUGCUUCCUUGGUGCAGAUGGAUCAACUACGUCAACCCAGUGGCCUAUGGAUACGAGGCAAUCAUGGUUAAUGAGUAUCAUGGCCGCAACUUCACCUGCUCCGCCUAUAUCCCAACGUACGGGACUCCUGGAAGCGCCAAUGUAGCGUGCGAUGCUGUGGGUGCUGUGCCUGGCCAGAGUUUUGUCAACGGUGAUGCCUAUAUCAACUCGGCAUAUAGCUACUACCACUCCCACAAGUGGCGGAACAUUGCCAUCAUCAUCGCGAUGACCCUGUUCAACCACAUGAUAUACUUUCUCGCUAGCGAGUAUGUCACGGCCAAGAAAUCCAAAGGCGAGAUCCUCGUAUUCCGCCGCGGGUUCGUCCCCAAGCACGCCACCAUGCCUGGCAAUGAUCUCGAGGCUCACGCCCCCUCCGGCCCCGUCGCCACAAUCUUGGAGACACCGGGCGGGUAUGAGUCCAAGGGGGGGAAGGCAGGCGGCUUCCAGGGAUCCUCGAGCGUCUUCCACUGGCGGAAUGUGUGCUACGACAUCAAGAUCAAGAAGAAUCCUCGGCGAAUUCUUGAUAAUGUCGACGGCUGGGUUAAGCCCGGCACGCUGACAGCACUUAUGGGCGUCUCGGGUGCCGGCAAGACUACGUUGCUUGACUGCCUUGCUGACCGCCGCACGGGCGUUGGCAUCCUCACUGGUGAAAUGUUGGUUGAUGGGAAGAUCCGUGAUCAGAGUUUCCAGCGCAAGACGGGCUACGCGCAGCAGCAGGACUUGCACCUACAGACAACCACUGUUCGGGAGGCUUUGAACUUCUCCGCUCUUCUGCGUCAACCGCGUCACGUGCCUAGAGCGGAAAAACUGGCCUACGUUGAAGAGGUCAUCCAGCUGCUCGAUAUGCAGGACUACGCUGAUGCCGUUGUCGGCGUGCUUGGUGAAGGUCUGAACGUCGAGCAGCGUAAGCGCUUGACUAUCGGCGUCGAAUUAGCUGCUAAGCCGCCGCUACUACUAUUUGUAGACGAGCCAACAUCAGGGCUGGACUCGCAAACCAGCUGGGCUGUUCUAGAUUUGCUUGAAAAGCUAUCCAAGGCCGGCCAGUCUAUUCUAUGCACUAUACAUCAACCUUCUGCGGUGCUUUUCCAGCGGUUCGAUCGCUUGCUUCUUCUCGCGGAAGGAGGCAAGACGGUUUAUUUUGGUGAGAUCGGCGACAACUCCAACAUCCUUGUGGACUAUUUCGAGAGAAAUGGUGCCGAUCCCUGUCCAAAAAGCGCCAAUCCAGCAGAAUGGAUGCUCGACGCCAUUGGUGCCAGCCCUGGCAGCACCUCAGAGGUCGACUGGCACAAGAUAUGGCGGGCCAGUCCCGAGUACCUCCAUGUGCAAGACGAAUUGGACCAUCUCCGGUCACAAAAUUCAAAGUCUGGCAAAAAGGACCGGAACAAAGACAUGGACAACGGAGAGGUUGAAGCGGCGUCAUACGAAGAGUUCGCGGUCCCGUUGUGGGAUCAGUUUCUCAUCGUGUCAAAGAGAACGUUUGAGCAAGGGUGGCGGACGCCCUCGUACAUUUACUCAAAGAUGGCACUCUGCGUAGCGACAAGCUUGUUCAUCGGCCUGGUGUUCCUCGACUCUCCCCUCAGCAUCCAGGGGCUCCAGAACCAGAUGUUCGCAAUAUUUGAGCUCAUGAGCAUUGUUGGCCAACUUGUUGACCAGCAGAUGCCCCAUUUCAUUGAACAGCGCUCCCUCUAUGAAGUGCGCGAGCGGCCCGCCAAGACCUAUAGUUGGAAGGUGUUCAUGAUGUCCCAGAUCCUCUCGGAAAUCCCCUACUACGCCGUCGCCUCAGUCUUCAUGUGGGCUCUCUUCUAUUUCCCCGUGGGCUUUUACAAAAAUGCCGAGGCCGCCGACCAGGGCACUGAGCGCGGCGCCCUCGCGUGGCUGCUUUUCCUGGUAUUUCUGCUCUGGGUCUCAACGUUUGGGCAUUUCUGCAUCUCCUUUGUGUCCUCGGCAGACGACGGCGGGAACGUGGCGAACUUCAUGUUCGUGCUCGCCUUCUUCUUCUGCGGCGUGCUCGCCUCGCCGGAACAGAUGCCUCGCUUCUGGAUCUUCUUGUAUCGUGCGUCGCCCUUGUCGUAUUACGUUUCGGCGGUAUUAUCGACUGGUCUCGCAAACGUUGACGUAACCUGUGCGUCCAACGAGUUUACCACGCUGCAUCCGCCUGACAGUCAGACCUGUGGCGAGUAUCUGGGGGAAUAUAUCUCCCAGGCUGGUGGGUAUUUGCUCGAUAAUAACGCUACCAGCAACUGCCAGUAUUGCAAGGUCAAGGAGACAAAUACAUACUUGUCUGGCAUCGGUGCGGACUACUCCACGCGCUGGAGGAACUUCGGCAUCAUGUGGGCCUACGUGGUUUUCAACAUUGCGGCGGCUAUGUUGUUGUACUGGGUUGCCAGGAUGCCCAAGGGGAAGAGGAAGUUGUGAGCAUCAUUGUGGCCUUGGGGUUUGACGCACAAGAGUAUGCGGAUUGACUGGUAUUGCAUUCUUUUAUGAACUUGAACAUGUUUUAUACCUGUGAACUUCAGUGGUCACUUUAACUUUUCCUUUGUAUAACGAAUUUAAUUGGCAGCUCCCCUUCUUCCCCCCGCCUAAGCAGGUCUAUUAGACUGCAGGUCAACCCAAGAUUCAUGGCGAUAUCGGAAGAAAUCUUACCAGCUACCUAGGUAGAGGAAAAAAUUAAAGCAUGACACACUCA